AUGUCAUCCAAGAUCAUGCACGUGACUAUCACCUUAGCCUCAAAUUUUACCUUAGAAUUUUCGGACAACCUCAAAUCAUGUGACCAGCGCAAGUGGUUGAAAUUGAUUUGUCAUUGUUUGCGCAGGACGGAAAUUUUCACGCAAGUUCCUUUCAAUCCUUCUUUCACCGCUACUACCACCACCUCUCGACUCAGCCUCUUCGUUCCUCCCAUUCGUGGUGGUCCCUCCCUGGCCUUUUCCUUGUGGACCUCCUUGGCCGUUCAUGGUGGUUCCUCCCUGGCCUUUCCUCGUGGUUCCUUCCUGGCUGUUCGUGGUGGCCCUUCCUUUCCUCGUGGUUCCUUCCUGGCCGUUCGUGGUGGUCCGUCCUUUCCUCAUGGUUCCUUCCUCUGGCCGUUCAUGGUGGUCCUUCCCUUUUCUCAUGGUUCCUUCCUCUGGCCAUUCAUGGUGGUCCUUCCCUUUCCUUUCCUUGUGGCUCCUUCCUUGUUGGCCUUUUCUCGUGGCUUCGAGAAUUACUUAGACAGUGGUGUUGAUGCUGGCUGGUAUGACUGUGACAGCACUUUGCAACGGUGUGUGAUACAUUUCUUGUAUGCUACUACGGUCCUUAAAGAUGGCUGCAGCUUAAUAUUUCGAUGGGUAUUUAUUCCAUGGCUGCAACGCGAGCUUGAUGGGUACAAGGACCGUAUAAACAAUACUGCGAAGCGACAUGAUCGCAACAAGGUGCUCCCUCAUGGGGUCCCAAACCUCAUUUAUGAUUCACCAGGUGACUUUGGUGCACUUGAUUUCAAAAUCGUUCUUGAACCAGGCGCUAUAGACCAUGUUCGUAAUCUCUAUGUUGAUCUUAAUCACGCUGUCUUUGAGCUUGUCCCUCGAGACUUCGGUGAUUUCUUACAUCAGUGCUAUGAUGAGCUUGGCCGCCCCAUUGUCGAUCGCCACUCAGCGUGGAAUGUCUAUUUGGACUUACACCAGAUCACCUCUCGACUUUACGAGCAGCUGCCGCCAAUGGUGCUCCCCGAUGACAAUCUGGACGAUGAUUUCUUACCGCUCUUGGAAGACCACCAGGACUUGCCAUUUCACGACGGAAACGAUGGAGCUUAUUAUAUGGGUGGUGUAGGUGGGGGAUUGGGCCUUGAUGAAUCUCAUUCACGACAAUUGGACAUACUUGCAGGGCAGGAUGAACCUGAUGUAUCUCUCAUUGAAGACACCAACCUUGACGAGUCUGGUCACGCUGGUCUAGUGGUCUGGGAGUUUUCCGAUGACGAAGAUGGACAUGUGGUUGACGAAUGGUAG